CAUUAUCUGUAAUACUUUUGGUUGCUUUUCAUUUGCAGACACGAAAUCCUCCAAUACUACCGCCAUUUUCUGCCAUAUUAGAAGAUGGAUCUGAUCCAGAUACGGUGGCAAAGUCGUUGAAUAAGUUUGUGAACUAUGGGAAGAGGAACAAAGAGACGGUGGCUGAGCUGCUAGUGACGCUGUUAAUGAAGUUAUUGUUGAUUGAGAAGCUAUGGGCCAAAGGACUAUGCGCAAGCACCUACGAAGCACCUUGGCUAUCUAGAACAUGGGACUCCAAAGUUUGCUGCAUCAGUGUUGAAGAUUUCACUGAUCGGUCUCAAAAUGUUGCAAGGGCUGUUGGGAAAGGAGAAGUAAAGCGCAUAUACAAGUGUAUCCAGC